AUGGGGUUUAGAAAAAUCGUAUCGUUUCAACCAGAUUAUGUUCCACAAUACCAUAUAACUAAGUACAUCUCGGAACGGACCAAAUUGCAACUGGUACACAUAAAUCACAAGACCUCCACAUUGGUUCACGGAUAUUUUGCUGUCCCUACAGAAUGCCCAAAUGACUCGGGCGCUCCACAUACUUUGGAGCACUUGAUCUUCAUGGGCUCUAAAUCUUAUCCAUAUAAAGGUUUAUUGGAUACAGCUGGAAAUUUGUCUAUGUCCAUUACCAACGCCUGGACUGAUACUGAUCAAACCGUCUAUACCCUGGCCAGUGCUGGCUGGAAGGGCUUUUCUAAAUUGCUACCUACUUAUCUAGAUCAUAUUUUACAUCCAACUUUAACUGAUGAGGCUUGCUUAACUGAGGUAUACCAUAUCGAUCCGGAAAAUUUGAGUGAUAAAGGUGUGGUUUUUAGUGAGAUGGAAGCCAUCGAAACCCAAAGUUGGUAUGUUUCAGCUUUAGAAAAGCAACGUUUAAUGUUCCCUGAAGGAAGUGGUUAUCGGUCAGAAACUGGUGGCUUAACCAAAAAUUUGAGAACCUUAACCAAUGAAGAAAUCAGGAAAUUUCAUGAAUCUUUGUAUUCUUCUGAUAAUCUUUGUAUCAUUGUUUGUGGUAACGUUCCAACAGAUGAACUACUGACUGUCAUGGAAAAAUGGGACGAUACAUUGCCGGAAAUUCCAUCUGAUGUUCCAAAGAAAAGGCCAUUCUUGGAUACCAAGCUAUCACAUAUACCGCAAUUCAGAGAUAAAGUAACCGAAUCCACUGUGGAAUUCCCUGAACUUGAUGAAAGCCAAAGCGAUUUAUUUUUUUCUUGGAUUGGUAUGCCCUAUACUGAUUUCCGUAGUGAUUUAGCAGUUUCUGUACUGUUAGAUUAUUUUACUGAGUCAGCAUUAGCUAUUUUUACCAGGGAGCUCGUUGAAAUUGACGACCCCAUGGCGAAUUCUACUGAAUAUUGGACGGAUGAUUUUAUGAGAACCAUAAUCAACUUGCGCAUUCAAGGUGUUCCCUCAGAAAAGGUAAUUGUAACGAAGAAUAAGGUAUUAGAGAUUUUGAAGAACCAUAAAAUUGAUUUACCAAGAGUAAAACAAGUGGUCGAAAACACCAAAUGGGAAUACUUACUAAAUAAUGAAAAAAAUGGUGAGAGCGCUUUGUCUACCGCUGUAAUCACCGAUUACAUUUACGGUCAUGAAGACGGUUCUUCAUUGGUUUCCUCCCUUGAGAAUUUAAGUGAUUUUGACUCUUUAUCACAAUGGCCCCAGCAAAAAUGGGAAUCAUUAUUGAAAAAAAUAUUUGUGGACAAUAAGCCGAUUAUUGUCACGGCUAAACCGAGUGCCCAAAUGUAUGAGCGUAUAGAAACAGAAAGAUUGAAUUUGAUCAAGCAAAGGGAAGUUGAAUUCGAUGAAAAUAGGAGGCUGGAGUUGUUAACCAAGUUAAAUGAUGCAAAAAACAUUAAUGAUAAACCCAUUCCGAAGUCUUUGUUACAAAAAUUUGAAAUCCACAAUCCCUCAAAAAGUGUUCAGUUUGUCAAUACGAAGAGUAUUGCAAUUGUUAAUUCAUAUAAGAAUAACGAUCUCAAUGACCCGAUGACCAAAGAAAUCCUAGAAAAGAGGCCAAACAACUUUCCUUUUUUCAUUCAUCUAAAUCAUUUCCCAUCCCAGUUUAUAGAGCUGCAUUGUUUGGUCAAUUCUACCUCCAUAAAAGAUACUUCGCUGUUACCAUACUAUAAUUUAUUUGAUGAGUUAUUUUCUAUGCCAAUGAAGAUAUUUGAUCAAGAGAACAAUGUUGAAACAAUACUUUCAUAUGAAGAAGUUGUUGCCAAGUUGAAAUCAGAGACUGUUGACGCACAAAUUAGUCAAGGUUUGCAAGGUUCCUGUCCCGAUUUGAUUGAUUUUAGAAUCCAAUGUAAAGCUGGCGGUUACUCUCAAUCUGUGCAAUGGAUCAAGCAUUGCUUAUUCGAUAUUGUUUUCGAUGAAAAGCGCGUUCGUAUCCUCCUAGAGAAUUAUCUGAAUUCUAUUGUUGAAUGGAAAAGAGAAGGUAGCGUUAUGCUGGAUUCCCUAACUAAUAGAAACCUGUAUUCAGCAAGAUCGCUGAAAAAAUCCACUGAUCCAUUGUUUGUUGAAACGAAAUUGCAAGAAAUCUUGGAAGAGAUUGAGAAUGGAAAUUUUGAGAAAGAAAUCCUACCAAGAAUAGAAAUAAUGAGAAGGCAAUUAAGGUCGAAUUUCAACAAGUUUCACAUUUUGGUCCUCGGUGAUAUUUCAAAGAUCACUGAUAUUUAUGAGCCAUGGAAUCCCUUGAUUAAGUCCUUGAAUAUUGAGCAUCCCGUUGAAAAGGUUAAAAUCCCACCAGCUCCCAGAGCCUUGAGUUCCAUUUCGUCAAUCUGUGAGAGGCCUAGUGAAAGGGCGUUCAUAAUAACGACUCCUGCCUCAGAAUCUGCUUAUAUGAAUCUAAUAACAUCUAUUCCGUUUAAUCUGGACUACCACGACCCCGAAUACGCAAUUGUUUCAUUGGCUUCUGAAUACUUACAGUGCGUUGAAGGCCCGUUUUGGAAGGGAAUUCGCGGUGCCGGAUUGGCUUAUGGUGCCGGUAUGUUAAAAUUAUGUGAAAUAAAUUCUUGGGGAUUCAACAUUUACCGCGGUGCUGAUGUUAUCAAAUGCUACGAAGCUGGCAAACAGAUUGUUCAGGAUUAUGCCUCUGGUGCCUUGAAGUUUGAUGAGCAGUUAAUUCAGGGUGCUAUUAGUAGUAUUAUUAAUAGAAUGGCCACUAUUGAAUGCGGAUAUUUUGAAACGGCUUUGUCUAGAUAUACCGAUGAAUUUUGUUUACAAAGAGGGAAUGAUUUUAAUGAAUUGUAUUUGGAAAGGUUACAAAAUGUUAGUGAAAAGGAUUUACAAAAUGUCAUGCAGAAAUAUUUUGUUAAUAUGUUUAAUCCUGCAAAGAGUGUUGCAUUUGUGGCCUGUCAUCCAGGUAAAUUAGAAUCUGUUCAAGCAUUCCUUGAAACUCAAGGUUUCACCGUCGAAAUAGAAGAACUAGAAGACGAUGAAGAAGAAGAAGUUGAAAGUGACAAAGAUAAAAAUUCGUAA